AUGAGGGCCACACAGUUGUCUUUCGCUUUUCUUUCCGCCUCGGCUCUCGUCAACGCCGCAGCUACUCCCCCCACCAUCUACAAGCGUGCGGCCCCUCCCGCGAACCUCACCCACGGUUAUACCUACCAGGGCUGCUAUGUCGAUGUUGGCCGCACAAUCAGUGAUAGCGCCACGGCCAAUGGCCAGAUGACCAACGCGGCCUGUACAGACUACUGCUACAACAAGGGUUACUCUUACGCCGGCACCGAGUAUUACAACGAAUGCUACUGCGGAAAUGCCCUGGCUAAGGGCGGUGUUCUCGCCAACGAGGCCGACUGCACGACUCCGUGCAGCGGGAAUGCCACUGAGCCCUGCGGUGGCCCCAACCGAUUGUCGUUGUACAAGACUUCCCUGAUCGUUGGCCCCUCGGUGAACCCCGGAGUCGGUGACUGGAGCUCCAUUGGAUGCUACGCAGAGGGUAACGGGGGCCGCACCCUCACCUACGGUGUCGGCAGCAUCCCUGGCAGCCAGAUGACCGUCGCCAAGUGCACCGCCGCUUGUGCCGGCGCCAACUUCAUCCUGGCCGGUGUUGAAUACUCUGGAGAGUGCUUCUCGCCGCAAGCAUCUAACGUGUAG